GUAGCCUCCUGGAGGAGGUGACAUGUCACCCAAGAUCUGUGGGAGGGGAGGGAUGGAGUCUGGGGGGAGACUGCUGCACCGAGGCCAGCAUGUGCAAAGGCCCUGGGACCGCCUCAGUAGGCUCAGGAACAGCAAAUGUCGUCGGAGCGGAUAUAAGGGGGUGAGUGGUGAGGUCCAAGGGCAGGUGGGGGUGGUCGAGUUUGUGACAUCCAAGGUGACAUGGUGGCUUACCCAUGGGCGUCUCCAGCAAAGCCAGGAUUUAAGCCAGAGCUUUGGAAGUCUCUCUUGGGCUAAGCUGUACAAGCAACUUUCUCUGGGGCCGGACCUUGACCUAGAACCACAGCGUCACCUGAGUCCGUGACUCACGUGGGCUGGGCCAAUGUUUUCAGGAGGCAGGGAAGAGGGGAGGGUGGGUGGUGAUGUAUAAGUGAGCAGAGCCGCCGCGGCUGGGCUGCUGCACACAGCUCCCGCUCCGCCUCCUGUGGGCAGCGGCAGCAUGGUGAGUCUGGCCCUGCUCUUGCUCGUGGCCGUGUGUGUGCUGUCCUCAGGGGUGUGGCUCUGGGCCAUCUGCACCCACUUCCUCAGGCAAGAUGUCCCGGCGGGUAUCGGCCACCCCGUGAAAAUGCGGGUUCUCUCUUGUCUUACACAGCUGGUGAUAACCUGGGGCUUGGUUUUUGAGAAGCUGGGGAUCUGUUCGAUGCCCCAGUUUGUCCGUUUCAUACACGACCUGAGGGUGCCAAAGAAGGACCCGGAUGUCCUGGUCACGGAUCUCCGCUUCGGGACCAUCCGGGCGAAGCUGUACCAGCCCAAGGCAUCGUCCAGCACCCCCAGGCCCGGCGUUGUGUUCUACCAUGGUGGCGGCACCAUCAUGGGGAGCUUGAGAACCCACCACGGCGUGUACUCCUAUUUGUCCAAGAAGAGUGACGCCGUGGUCCUGGCUGUCGGAUACCGAAAGUCACCCAAGUACAAGUUCCCGGUCAUGGUGAGAGACUGCAUGGCGGCCACCGUCCAGUUCCUGAAGACCCUGAACGCGUACGGCGUGGACCCAGCACGAGUCGUGGUCGGUGGUGACAGCGUGGGAGGGGGCGUGGCAACGGUGGUUUGUCAGACCUUCCUCAACCGUCCGGAUCUGCCCCGGAUUCGGGCUCAGGUUCUGAUCUACCCUGCCCUCCAAGCCCUGGACUUCCAGUCCCCUUCCUUUCAGCAGAACGAGAAAAUCCCCCUGCUCACGUGGCAUUUGGCUUUCUACUGUCUGUGCUGCUACAUGGAUAUCAACCCUUCCUGGCAGAGCGCCCUCAAGAAGGGCGCCCAUCUACCUGCCAAAGUCUGGGCGAAGUAUGACAAGUGGGUGGGCGCAGAAAACAUCCCGGAGCGGUUUAAGAAGAGAGGCUACCAGCCCGUGCCCCGGGCGCCCCUGAACGAAGAUGCUUACCUGGAGACCAGGGUCCUCCUCAAUUUGAUGUGCUCGCCCCUGAUCGCCGAGGACAGCGUCAUGUCUCAGCUCCCGGAAGCCUGCAUCGUGAGCUGUGAGUAUGAUCUUCUGCGGGACCACUCCCUGCUGUACAAGAAGAGGUUGGAAGACCUGGGGGUGCCGGUGACUUGGCAUCACAUGGACGAUGGUUUCCACGGAGUGCUCAACACCAUCGACCUGGGCUUGUUGCACUUCCCAUGCUCCAAGAGAAUCCUGAAUCUCGUGGUCCAUUUUAUCCGGGGGUUGUGACCCUCCUCCUCCUCCUGGGCUGGAGCCACACCACUGUCCCAUCCCCCACGGGGCUUCCUGUUGCUGAUCUGGGUGAUGCUGAAUGGGGCUAAAGAGGGAGACGGCGGUGAGGUCUCCUUCCUGGGGCAGGUUCUGGAAUCAUACAUUGCGAGCCCUUCCUGGUGUCUGGGGGAGAGCCCCAGGGGACAGGUUUGGGGCAUGGGGCUGGGGCUUUCUGUUUGUGUUCACCGCUGGGGAAAUUGGAACCUACAAUUUUUGGUGGCCAUUUGUGAGAUGGAGUCAGCACAUAAGAGUUACUCACAGCCUCUCUGAGCUACAUAGAGUUCUGGCUGGGGAGGCUGAUCCAGAUGGUGCGUGGCACGCAUGCCUGGCCACCGUGUGCAGUUUCCCUGUGGCCCAGAAGGUGGAGGUGGAGUGCUGAUGUUCUAGGCUGCUGGGUGGUGGAGAAAUGCGUUCCAGCUCUUCCUCUGGGGUCCCAGUGACACUGCUCCUGCUGUUGCCCAGCCUCUGGGCUCCGAGUUCUGAUGGCCUGGACUGGAAGAGCUGGGACAGACUGGCUAGGCUUCCCAUGCUAGUUGGCCCCCUAGAGGAAGAUGAACACCCAGAACUGCCUGACAGGGUUGCUGUGGAGCCCGUGGAGUCAAAAUUGAGCUUCCAACCCAGGGCCCUGAAACAAGAGUCUAAGAGUUAAAGGACAGGGGGCAGCAGGGAAGCCGAGGCCAGGGGCAGGGACCCAUGAAAGCCGAGCCUAACCCAACUCACCCGUGUCCAUUGCGGGAUGGCAGGAGAGGACCAAAGGGACAUAUUGUUAGGGAUCGUUUCUGUUUUAAGACAAGCUGGCCUAAAUCAGACAGACAGUAUUGGGGCUCGUGUAGCAAUGACCGUCAGGGGUAAGCCAGGCAAGAAUUGAUGCGUGAACUCGAGCAGUGCCAGUGGCUGCCAUUUCUUCUCUCUGCUCUGUCAGCGCCUGGUGUUGACCUUCCUCUUCACCUCUCCAUGCGGUGGUGGCCUUGGGCAGCUUUAUGCUUAUGUUGCCCCAGGGUCAAGUUCAUUCUUAUCCAGUUGCUUCAUUUGCAACAGUUCUAGCAAAACUCUCCUUGCAACUCAAUGGCUCUAUUGGUUUUCAGACUGGUAUGGCUAGUUGUCAAAAUCAAGAGAACAGAAUGUUCCCGCUGACCAGGACUAGGUCCUAUCGAAGCCUGGGUGAGUCAGCCGCCUCUGAUGGGCGGACUGAGUGUGGGGAAGGCAGCCAGCACCUCUCUGAUGGAGGGUACUGGACGCUGGAGAGCAUGGUCCCUCCAAGCGGAGGGGCAGGAGAAAGGCUGGAAGCCUGGAGUGGUGACUGGUGAUGGAGGAAGGUUUUUGCUUUAAGAUUUAUUUAUUUGGAAGAGUGAGAGAGAGAGAUCUUCCAUCUGCUGGUUCACUCCCUAAAAGGCUGCAACAGCAGGAGCUGAGCUGAUCCAAAGCCAGGAUCCAGGAGUUUCUUCUGGGUCUCCCACGUGGGUGCAGGGGCCCAAGCACUUGGGCCAUCUUCUACUGCUUUCCCAGGCACAUUAGCAGGGAGCUAAAUUGGAAGUGGAGCAGCUGGGACUGAACCGGCGCCCACAUGAGAUGCUGGUGCUGCAGGCUGAGGCUUUAACCCGCUGAGCCACAGAUCCCCCUGGAGGAAGGUUUCCAUGGAGAGCUCCGCGUCGUUGACUUUCGCUUCCUGCACUUCCCUUGCUCCGUGGGAAUCCUGCCUGCGUGGCCCAUUUGAUAAAGGAAGGGGCUGUGACUCUGCUUCCCUCUUACCGGAUCUUCACCACCAUCCAGUCCUCCACCGGGCUCUCUGAUGUCCCAGCCCUCUGGAAUAUGGCUUUUGCUGUCUCACCUCUGCCGCAGGAGGCGGGUGGAGGGACAUGAGCUGGCCUGCUGUGGGGUGCUGAGGCAUUGGGAGCCCUGGACGCCUGUGCCCAGUGCAGAUGAACGGGCUGCACUUUAAGGGGCGAAGGCGCCUGUGCAGGGCUCCUUCCUUCUGCAGGUGGUGGGAGAGGCAAAGCCCUCCGGCCCCAGUGGCUCACAGGCUCCUCUGGUUGCCUUUCAGCAUUUUGUUGCUGUCCUGCCUGCAACCCAUCCAUGAGGAAUGAAAAAGAGAGGGGGCGAAUGUCCCCUAAGGGCCAUCUCCAUGGGAGCUGCUACCUCUUGUGUUCCUUGCAUGAACCCUACAUGCUGGGUAUUCUUAAACCCACUGUACAGAUGAGGAACCACAACUCAUGUUAAUAACACCCAGGUCCUGUCUUUCCAGUAGAGCUCAAGGCCAGCUGCUUCUAUAGAUUUCCCAAGGCCUGCUCCUGUCCACGCUCCACCGCAAACCCUAUUUGCCUGGCAAAAACUCUGUGAUGUCCCAUGAGCCAUUAGUCCAGCAUUAUCGCUCUCUUUUCUCUCUCUCUCUCUCUCUCUCUUUCUUUCUUUCUGACAGGCAGAGUGGACAGUGAGAGAGAGAGAGAGACAGAGAGAAAGGUCUUCCUUUGCCGUUGGUUCACCCUCCAAUGGCCACCGUGGCCAGCACGCUGAUCCGAAGCCAGGAGCCAAGUGCUUCCCCUGGUCUCCCAUGGGAUGCAGGGCCCAAGCACUUGGGCCAUCCUCCACUGCACUCCCUGGUCACAGCAGAGAGCUGGACUGGAAGAGGGGCAACUGGGACAGAACCGGAGCCCCAACCAGGACUAGAACCUGGUGUGCCAGUGCCGCAGGCGGAUUAGCCUAGUGAGCCGCGGCGCUGGCCUAUUGCUCUCUUUUUUCUUUCUUGUUCUUUUUUUUUUUUUUUUUAAGAUUUACUUGCAAAGCAGUUACAGGGGAGAGAGAGAAAGAGCGAGAGUAAGUAAGCGAGAGAGAUCUUCAAUCUGUCUUCUGGCUCACUCCCCAAAUGGCCACAACGGCCAGGGCUGGGCCAGGCUGAAGCCAGGAGCCAGGAGCUCCAGCCAGGACUCCCACGCAGCACUUGGCCACCUUCUCCUGCUUUUCUAAGCACAUUAGCAGGGAGCUGGAUCGUAAGUAGAGCAGCAGGACUUGAACUGGCGCCCAUGUGGGAUGCCGGCCUCGCAGGAGUUGGCUUAACCAACUGUGCCACAGCCCUGGCCCCUCUUUUUCUUCUUGUCUCUGGGGAUUAAGAUGACGCCAUUGCCAAGCCACGUGAUCUUAUUUCAGUCGAUUCCUAUCCAGGUAGUGGUCAGCUACUGUCUGAGCUGAGUCAGGUUGAAAAACUCAAGGCAUUUUUAUUCUCUGGUUUCCUUUGCUCUCUUGGCUGUAGCUCUCUGAGUCUGACCAGUGUCAAAAGUGGCCACUGGGGGUCCCUGCAGGAACUCACGGUGGAGGUGCCCCGCUGCCUGUGCCCAGGGCAGGUAGACAUCCCCACUCCCUCCAAGCCAGAUGCUCUGGGACUGUGUCCUCGGGCAGAUCUGCCAGUUAGCUUGGGACAGGGCCGUCUGAUAGAGAACGGUGAGUUGCUUUCUGGAGUCAGUAGGCAGCUGAGAACAGGUGCUGGGGCAAAUUGCAAAUUAGCAAAAUGAGUCUGCCACUCCUCACCUACUUCCGUUUCAGGGUCUGUCCCAGAUCCGCCUUGCCCCCACCCAGGGCCCCUCUGCCUUUCGGACCCCAAACCUGCCUCUCCUCCCCUGCACUCUCUGCUCAGAGUGGCUGCCUGCUCCCUCUCUGGUCCGUGCGCUGGAACAGUCGGGCUGUGCUGCAGUAAGUGGGGCCACAGUCCCAGCAGCUCGUGACCAUGGAGGUCCCUUUCUUGCUCGCAUGACGUCCGCAAGUCAGCCGCAGGUCUGCUUCCACCUACGCCUGCUCCGGGCCUGGGACUGAUGGAGCAGCUUCUGUUGGAAAUAUCCCCAGCCUGUGGCCAAGGGAAGUAGAACAAGGCAAACCGUAGUCUCUCCAGCCCGCUGCUCACCAGUCACGGACACGACGGUCACACGGCCACAGCAUGGACGUUGAAGGGGUACAGGAGCAGUUUCACAGCUGACCAUGCACUCACGCAUGGCAGUUCCACUUCCGGUCUGUCUUCUGCAAAUUUAAUUUUCAAUCGCCUAAAUGAUGCUCAAAUUUAUUCUUUUAGGCUGAGCCUCUGUCGGCCAGCCAUGAGGCUGAGGUCCCUCCCGACCUCCCGCCUCGCACCCUGGUCCCUUUUCACUGAUUGUAUCCGCAGCUCCCUCUUAUUUGCCUGGCGGGGUGGUGUGCCAGCCCUAUUGUAAGCCUGCUUCUGUGCGUGCGCAUCCACAGAUAGGCACCCCUGAAAACGCAGGCUGUUGUUCUGUGGGACGACUUUGCCACAUGUUCUUACAUCAAAGAGAUUGGUCCAUACCUGUUGUUGUGCAACUCGACUUGUUUAUUUUUUUUCCCUCUCAAUGAUAUAUCUUAGAAGUGGAGUGCCCGGGGAAAACAUUUUUAUCCUACCCUCUGUAGCUAUUGCGGAGUAGCCCAGGCUAUGGCCCUAGUACAGUGUUUGGGUGACGGACACCUCUGGUCUGUUUCUAAUUUUUCGCUGUAACAAACAUUUUGGCACACACUUCCUUCUGCGUGGGGGAUUCUCUGGGAGGGAUUUAAGGUGGAGAAGUGUUGGCUGGGUGCAUUCUAGCUGUAGAUGACAUCAGGACGCCUGUCUCCCCCUCCUUCCUUCAGCAGGUCUCAGUUCAGGAGGGAAGUCAGAUGGUGACAACCAACCCUCAAUCAGCAGGAGAAUGGACGGCUUUGGCAGUUUGUGGGGUGGGAUAGGGCGGGCUGGCAAGUCUGUGUGUUCCUUAACUCCAACGACACAUUCUUGAGCCUUGGCCUCUAACAUCCUUGCCUCUAACAAAGCAGAGGAUGCCGUUGCCAGCAAAGUGGCUCCCCGUUCCACGGGCUGCCAGGCUGGCCCUGCUCCCUGGCCAGAAUUCCCUGCUGCAGCACUGCCUUUGCAAGGUUCUGAGGUGCAAUCAGAUAAGGCAGUGCCUGGGGUUCAGUUUCCAGGCAUCAGUCGAGUCCUGGAGAAAGCUCUCCAGGGUCUACUCCACCCCCACGAAACGUGAAACCCCACCUGCGGCAUCACGGAAGGACUCAUCCGUUCAUUUGAAGGUGAAGACGCCGGUCCUGGGGUUAGCAGGCUGCUCUGGAUGCGGGAAUUCUCUAAUGAAAGAGAAUCCACAAUGACUUCCUGGGGAUUUUUCUGCUCCGAUUUUCCACGUCCACUCCUCUCGUGCAGGAAAGGGAAUACAUUUUGUUACUAGCAAAGAGCCUGCGUUGGGCACAAAGAGAAGCAAGAUGGAACCGUUAUUGACUCCUGAUCUGUGACAUGGUCCUAGAUGCUGUAUAGGUGACAUCUCAUUGCAUUCUCAUCAUUGUCCCGGUGUCCAGCGCCAAGUCAGAAGAAUGAGGACCAGGUUUCGUUUAACCUGUCGACAGAUGAGAGGGCAGCAAACCUCAGUGUCUCAAGGACUCCCGCUCUGCUGGGUGACGGUGGUUGGGGGCUUAAGCUUAUAAAGGGGCUACAAGGGAGGGGGUGUUGUGAUGGUAAAAUCGCAAAAGAGCUUCAGGCCUGUCACUGUGUCGAUGACAGUGCUUUCCUCCUCUGUUCCUUGAGGGAGGUGCACAGCUGAGGAAACCAGACCCAGCCCGAGCAGGUCCUCCUGCUUUGCAAAGGAGCUGAGAUAAGGAAUGAGGCGAUGUGCGCCUUGGGACGCGGUGUGCAGCCCGCCCGCAGGCCAGCCCUGAAACAUCAGCUUUCCGGCUUUACAGCGAAGCAGGCAAAACUGUUGGCCUAUGUUCUUUUCUUCCUGGUUACGUCACCCGCUAAAGCCCAUGAUCCGUACUCCCAGUUUAUAAGUUGGGAAACCAAGGCUCACUUGGCCUGGGAACUUGGUUAAAGUUAAGUGGCAGCUAAGUGGUAGAACUGGAAUUUGAAGCCAAGUUGGUCUUUGUUCCAGAUUCAACACCCUCCAAACACUUUUGUCCUUUGCAAUAACCUGAAGCUGAUUGGCAGUCUCCAAGCCGUGUUUCCAGGUCAUAUUGGAUCAAGAGGGGGAAGUCAAUUAAUUAUUCACCCCUUGGGUCUCAUCUCAGACAUCGCCUUCUCCGGAAAGCCUCCCUACCCCAGGCAGGUCAGAUUCUCCUCCUACGGCUCGCGUUGAGGUUUGCAUUGUGUACUGCCAUUUCUCUGUCGUAGGGCUGAGCGCAUUGUAUUGUGAACACACAACAACCGAGAACAUGGAGCUUGGAUUGAAUUAAAGAAUGCCCCCGAUUUCUAGUGUUUGCAGGUUCUUGGAAAAGCUGACAGCAAAUAUGUCCGCAGGAGGGUUAUAUCUAGUCUUAGAAUUGUGUUUGCAAAUAAUUUUUGAAAUGCCAGCCAUGUAAGAAGAAAAGAGCUAGCAACAAGAACCCACAGAAAUGAGUUUUAAAAAGAUCCACAGGGCCGGCGCCGUGGCUCACUAGGGCUAAUCCUCCAUCUAGCGGCGCCGGCACACCGGGUUCUAGUCCUGGUCAGGGCGCCGGAUUCUGUCCCGGUUGCCCCUCUUCCAGGCCGGCUCUCUGCUGUGGCCAGGGAGUGCAGUGGAGGAUGGCCCAAGUGCUUGGGUACUGCAUCCCAUGGGAGACCAGGAGAAGCACCUGGCUCCUGCCAUUGGAUCAGCACGGUGCACCAGCCACAGCGUGCCAGCUGUGGCGGCCAUUGAAGGGUGAACCAAUGGCAAAAGGAAGACCUUUCUCUCUGUCUCUCUCUCUCUCACUGCCACUCUGUCUGUCAAAAAAAAAAAAAAAAAAAUCUACGGGAGCUGGUAUUAUAGUGUGUGUGUUGAGUUGCUGCUAUGAUGCUGGUAUCUCAUACUGGAGUGCUAGUUUGAGUCCCGGCUGCUCCACUUCCAAUCCAGCUACCUGCUAAUGCCCCUGGGACUACAACUGAAAUGGCCCAAGUGCGUGGGCCCCUGCUACUCACCUGGGAAACCAGGAUGGAGUUCCUGGCUCCUGGCUUCAGCCUAGCCCAGCACCAGGUGUUGUGGCCAUUUAGGGAGUGAAUCAGAAGAUGAAAAAUCCCUCUCUCUCUCUCGCUCUCUGUCUGUCUGUCUCUUUUUGUUACUCUGCCUUUCAAUUAAAUAAAUAUUUAAAAAUAAAAAAUAUCCACAGACGAGAAUAAAUCUGCUUACUAUGCUUAAGAAAGUAGAAUCUAAAUUUGAAAAUUACAGAGUUAAACACUGGUAGUUUGAAAACUCAGUAGAUAAAAUAUUAAAAAUUAGAAUCGCCAAAAGUGGCACGAUAUUUUAUAUGUAAGCAUUUAUACAUGAGAUGAAGAGAAAUUAUUUUUUUAAAUGUAUUUGAAAAAGAGAGAGAGAAAGAGGUCUUACAUCUUCUGGUUCAUUCCCCAAAUGGCCACAACUACUGGGGCUGAGCCAGGCUGAAGCCAGAAGCCAGGAGUCAGGAUUCAGGAACCAGGAACUCCUUAUAGGUUCCCCUAUGGGUACAGGGGCCCAAACACUUGGGCCAUCCUCCACUGAUUUCCCAGGCCAUCAGCAGGGAGCUGGAUCAGCAAUGGAGAAGCCAGAACCCAAACUGGCGCCCUUAUGGGAUGCCAACAUUGCAGGCCAUGGCUUUACCUGUUAUGCCACCCCAAUGCUGGCUCCAAACAGAAAUUCUAAAACUGAAACAUGAAAUUAAAAAUUCAACAGAUGGGUGUGAUUUCACGAGACACACCUGAAGAAAAGUGUGUGAACUGGAAUUAAGUAACAAGAAAGUUUUCUGAAUCAAGCGUGAAGAGACAAACGGACAAAAAUGUAGAAGGGGAAAGAGGCAGGAAGGAUUCCAGGACAAGGUGUAGCAGACAGGUAACUGGUACACAGCAGAGAAGGAAAAACAAAGGAGGUAAUCAGAGGUAUUGCAGAGGCAAUAAUAAGCAAUUAAUACCCAAGAAUGCCCCAAAUAAUUGAAAGAUGUUUAUCCACAGGUCCCAGAAACCUUACUCAAGCAGUACAAAGCAAUUUAGUCCUAGACACAUUAGAACGAAACUGAGCCAAAAGGCAAAGAGAAACUCUUAAAAACAAAUGGAACGGGGGCCGGCACUGUGGCGUAGUGGGUAAAGCCGCUGCCUGCUUUUGCCGGCAUUCCAUAUGACCGCUGCUUUGAGUCCUCUCUGCUGUGGCCUGGGAAAGCGGUAGAAAAUGGCCCUAGUCCUUGGGUCCCUGCACCAGCGUGGGAGACCCGGAGGAAGGUCCUGGCUCCUGGCUUUGGAUUGGCGCAGCUCCAGCUGUUGCAGCCAUUGGGGAGUGAACAAGCAGAUGGAAGACCUCUCUCUCUCUCUCUCUCUCUCUCUCUGCCUCUCCUUCUCUCUCUAUGUAACUCUUUCAAAUAAAUAAAUAAAUCUUAAAAAAAAAACCAAAUGUAACAAAACAAAACCCCAACCAUCUAAAAAGAAUUAAUAAGACUGGGGCCGGCACUGUGGCACAGCUGGCACAGCCACAGCCCCCAGUGCCAGCAUCCCAUAUGGGCGCCAGUUCAAGCCCCAGCUGCUCCACUUCUGAUCCAGCUCCCUGCUAACACACCUGGGAAAGCAGAGCAGAAGAUGGCCUUGGUCCCCUGCACCCACAUGGGAGACCCCGAUGAAGCUCCUGGCUCCUAGCUUUGGCCAUUGUGGCCAUUUGGGGGAGUGAACCAGCAGACGGAAGACCUCUCUCCCUCUGUCUCUCCCUCUGUCUGUCUGUCUGUAACUCUACCUCUCAAACAAAUAAAUAAAUCUUUAAAAAAAUAGAUCUCCUAUUUUAAAAAAAGAAAUAAGACGACUGACAGUUGUCUUCUAAACUCGGGAAACAGUGGAACGUUACCUUCAAUGCUAGGAUGGAUCUGUCAGAGUAUGAUUCUCCAGUCAUUGAAAACCACCUUCAGAAAGAGAGUGGAGAUAUUUUCGGAUAAAUCGAAAGGGAAGACGUUUGCAGCAGCAGAGCUUCAAGAAAGGAAAUCUGUUCUUCAGAGAAAAAGAAAACGCUCCGAGAGGGAGGCCAGAAACGCAGGUGAAACAAAAAGCAAUAAAGCGAGCGAUACCUGGGGAAGUCUAAACGCUGACUACACGACAGGAAUAAGGACAGUUAGUGUCGAGCAAAACAUCCAGGAGAGAGGACUAAGGUACCUAGAGGUCGGGAAGCUGGGAUGGUUGGACUGUCUGGGAGAAGGGCAAAGCAUCCGUCAGUGACUUGGCUUGGUCAUGAAUACCUGGUACCGUAUGGAGAAACGCCAUAGUGAUAGAAAAUAGUUUAGACCACUAUGAGAAGUGUCUAAAUAAUAGUCCAGGAAAUGUAGUCUCACAAGUAUAGAGAUGUCCCUUGAUUUACAGUGAGGUUAUGUCUGGAUGAACCCAUCGUAAGUUCAAAAUAUCUUAAGUUGAAAAUGCACUGGGGCUGACGCUGUGUUAUAGGGGGUAAAGCCGUCGCCUGCAGUGCCAGCAUCCCAUAUGGAUGCUGGUUCGAGUCCCGGCUGCUCCACUUUCAAUCCAGCUCUCUGCUAUGACCUGGAAAAGCAGUGGAAGAUGGCCCAAAUCCUUGGGCCUCUGCCACCCACAUGGGAGACCCGGAAGAAGCUCCUGGCUCCUGGCUUUGGAUCAGUGCAGCUCUGGAUGUUUUGGCCAUCUGGGGAGUGAACCAUUGGAUGGAAGACCUCUCUCUCUCUCUCUCUCUCUCUCUCUCUCUGCCUCUUUGUAACUCUGCCUUUCAAAUAAAACAAAUAAACCUUUAAAAAAUAAAUCUUAUAAAAAAAAAGAAAUGCAUUUAACAGGGGCCACCAUUGUGGCACAGUGGGUUGAGCUGCCACCUGCAACAGUGGCAUCCCACAUGGGAGCCAGUUCAACUUCUGGCUGCUCUGCUUCCGAUCCAAUUUCCUUUUAAUGCACCUGGGAGAGCAGAGGACGAUGGCCCAAGUUCUUGAUCCCCUCCAACCGCAUGGGAGAUGUAGAUGAAGCUCCUGGCUUCAGCCUGACACAGCCCCAGCCAUUGCAGUCAUUUGGGGAAGUGAAUCAGUGGCUGAAAGAUCUCUCUCUCUCUCUCUCUCUCUCUCUCUCUGUCUCUGUCUCUCCCUCUCUUUCUGUAACUCUGCCUUUCAAAUAAAUAAAACAGAUCUUGAAAAAAAAACAUAAAAUGCAUUAGUAUGCCUAAUGUACCAAACAUCGUAGCUUAGCCUAGACUUUCCUAUAUAAUGAGGUGUUGAAUAUCUCCUGUACUGAGGCAGACGUGGUAGUGCAGCAGGUUAAGCCACGGGGUGGAACGCCCAGAUCCCGUAUCAGAGCCAGUCUGAGUCCAGCCACUCAAGGCCUGCAGUCAAGCUUCCUGCUAACGUCCCCGGGAGGCAGCGGAUGGUGGUCUAUGUACUUGGGUCCCUGCCAUCCAUGUGGGACACCCAGAUGGAGUUCCUGGCUCCUGACAUGAGCCUGGCCCAGCCCUGGCUUUGCAGACAUUUGGGGAGUGAAGCAGUGGAUGGAAGACCUCUUUCUCUCCCUCUUUCUGUCACUCUUUCAUAUAAAUAAAGCUUAGAAAAUAAUUUAAAAAAGCAUUGUCGACACAGUACAUGUACACAAUCUGUUGCACCCUCACCCUCAUGUGACCGGCUGUUGAGUGGCAGUCUCUGAACUUCCCAGCUUUGUUUAUCUUUUAUUUUUUAUUUUUAUUUCUGACAGGCAGAGUGGACAGUGAGAGAGAGAGAGAGACAGAGAGAAAGGUCUUCCUUUUGCCAUUGGUUCACCCUCCAAUGGCCGUCGUGGCCGGCGCACCGCGCUGAUCCGAAGGCAGGAGCCAGGUGCUUCUCCUGGUCUCCCAUGGGGUUCAGGGCCCAAGCACUUGGGCCAUCCUCCACUGCACUCCCGGGCCACAGCAGAGAGCUGGCCUGGAAGAGGGGCAACCGGGACAGAAUCCGGCACCCCGACCGGGACUAGAACCCGGUGUGCCGGCGCCGCAGGCGGAGGAUUAGCCUAGUGAGCCGCGGCGCCGGCCUUGAACUUCCCAGCUUUGUGAGAUAGAAUUGUGCUGAUACCGCCAGCCCCAGAAGAUAACAAGAUUCAAAGUCUGGUUUCUACCGAAGACAUGCUGCAUUUACAGCUUCAUAAAGCUGGCAACCACAAAGGCAAACCGUGGCAAGUCAAGGACUGUCGAAACAAGAAAAGGCUGGCCAAGGAGCCGUGCCACAGUAGGAGGUGCUCGGCUUCAUGGGUAACGCGGCGCAGGUGUAGAGUGAGACGUGUUCAUGGAGUGCUUUGCACGUUCUGUAAAUCCUUUUCACGUUCUUAUUUCUCACUUUUGAUGACGCAGUAUUUGUCCUGGAAGACUGGAUGUGCUUACUGUUUCAUCAAAAGAUUAGAGAUUGAACGUUGAGAAGAAAGACAGGCAUGAAGACUGAGAAGAAUGAAUUAAACAUCACCUAAAAAAAAAAAA